UAUUGGUUUAUGUUUAUUUUCCACUGACCCUAUGGGUGAAGACGUCCUUGUCUAAUACUCCAUCUGAACGCUUUCCAGCUCAUCCAGUAUGUCACCAGGUUAACAGAUAUGGAGGUUUCUAUGAGGAUUUGGAGAAGAGUCUCAAUGACUGCUAAAAUUCUGGACUAGAUUUGUUAGGAAAGACAGAUGGACUAUAAGGCAAUUGCCCAACAAACUGCUCAAGAAGUUUUAAGUUACAAUCAAGAUACAUCCGGCUGGAAAGUGGUUAAAAUUUCAAAAAAGAUAACUGUUUCCAGUAAGGCAUCUAGAAAAUUCCUUGGAAAUCUAUAUCGUGUUGAAGGGAUAAUUCCAGAAUCAACAUUUAAACUAUCUGAUUUCCUCUACCAACCUGGAAACAGGGUUGCAUGGGAUAAAGCAUUGAAAGUAUACAAUAUGAUACACAGGAUUGAUUCGGACACAUUUAUAUGUCAUACCAUAACACAAAGUUUUGCCAUGGGCUCCAUUUCCCCCCGAGACUUUAUCGACUUAGUAUACAUCAAGCGCUGUGAAGGGAACAUGAACAUUAUCAGUUCUAAAAGUGUGGAUUUCCCAGAAUAUCCUCCAUCUUCAAAUUAUGUCCGAGGUUAUAACCAUCCUUGUGGCUAUGUAUGUUCACCUCUGAAAGAAAACCCAGCAUAUUCCAAACUAGUGAUGUUUGUCCAAACCGAAAUGAGAGGAAAACUGUCCCCAUCAAUAAUUGAAAAGACCAUGCCUUCUAACUUGGUAAGCUUCGUCCUCAAUGCAAAAGAUGGAAUAAAGACACACAAAGCCCCAUCAGGACAUGGACAUCAUAAUGGUCAUGCAUCAUUCCAAAAGAAGAAAUAAGGCCUUUCUGCUAUUAAAUCA